AUGUAAGCCAAUCUGGUGGAGGAUUAUUUUUAUAAUUAAAUAAUUCUGAUUAUUAAAUUAAAUCCACAAUAAUUACUAAUAAUGAGGCAUUAAAUGGAGGAGGUAUUUAUUUUAAUUAGUCUACAACUUUACUCUUACAUAAUUUUAUAAAUACCUUUUUAUUUUUUUAAUAAAGCAUUCAAAUUUCGUAAUAAUCUUAUUGAGUCCCCUCAUCAUUUAGAAUUAUUAAUCAACAAUAUGGAAAUGUAAUCUAAAAAGAUAGUCAUUAACUAGAUUUUAAAUUGUAAGUUAAUACUUAAACCCUAUAAAAUAAUUGAAUAAGGAAUUUCUUAUUUUUCAGAUGUUUUAAUGAUACCAAGUAAUUAAAUUAUUUAAGAAUAUUAAAUUUAUUAGCCUCAAAGCAUUCAAUAUUUUUCCUAUAUAACAGAAUUUGGUCUUAUUCUAAAGAAUAGUUUAAACGAAUAACUUCCAAAUAACUAUAACACUAGUUGUAAUUUUAUUAGUAAGAUUAUUCAUGGAGAAAGCUAAGAUUAAGUAGGAAAGUAGACAGAGCAAACAAUUUUAAAAUUUGAUUAAGAAAAAGAUUACUAUGAUUUAGGUUCUCAUUCAUUCAUUCUUGAUCCUUAGAAUUAAUAACGUUUAUAAAUUGAGAUUAACUGUUAAUCAUCUGAAAAAUUGAGAAUUUUUAAUUAUAUAAUUGAAACAAAAAGUUUCAAAUGUUAACUUGGAGAAUUUUAUGUGAAUUCUGGAUGUUAACCUUGCUCAUCUAGUUAAGGGUUUUACUCUGUAGUAUAUGAUGCAAAAGAAUGUUCAAUUUUUGAUUAAACAAAAUUUAAAAAUAUCACUGAAAAUAAUAUUGAAUUAUUAGAAGGAUAUUGGAGACCUAAUUAUUUAUCAGAUGAAAUAGAAGAAUGCUUUAAAAAUUUAAAGUUUUGUAAAGGUGGUUGGGGAUAAGGAAAUUAAAUAUGUGAUUUAGGACAUGUUGGAGCAUUAUGUGAAGAAUGUGAUAUUUAUAAUAUAAGAGGAGAUGGAAAAUAUUUUUAAAAUUAAUAGGAUUCAUAAUGUAUAUCUUGUUUUGGUGUUUAGGAUAGUAUAAUUCCAUUUAUAGCAGCAUCAAUUUGGUAAUUUAAUUUAAUAUUUAGUUCUUUUAUAUCUAUUAUUAUAACUUUAAGAAGUAUUGAAUAGUCAAAUUAAUUAUUUAAAUGUUUAAAAUUAUCAUAAAGAUUUAAUAAAAUUAUUUUUAACUUAGAAUAAGGUAAAUAAAAUAUUUAUUUAAAGGGCAUGAAAGUUUUUUAAUAAAAAUGUUAUUAAAUUAUUUGUGGAUUUUUUCUUCUAUUUUUACUUUUAAUAUACAAUUUUCUUUUUCAAUUGGAUUUGUUGAUUCUGUCAGUAACACUUCUUAUUCCAUGACUAAUAAUUUAGAUUGUUAUUUAUCAGAAAAUCAAACAAUAUAAUUGAUUUACUAUAAAAUAAUUACAAUGCUAAUACUGAUGAUAUCAUAAUUUAUACUUAUAAUAAUUGGAUUUCUCUGUUAUAAUUGGCAUAAAAAGAUUGGAUUGAGCAAUUUUAAUUUAGAAAUUAUAUCUAAUACCUUACUAUACCUUUAUAUAUCUAAUUAUGGUGGAUUGGUUAAAAUGUAAUUUUAUUAAAAUUAUAUAGGUAUUUUUCCAUUCUAUCUAAAAGAGAUGUUUCAAGUUAGAGUUACAUUUAAGGUGAUGUAUCUCUUCUAUUUGAAUCUAAAGAGCAUCUAAUAUGGAUUUUCUCUUUUGUUAUUCCUGGAAUAGGAAUAUUUAGUUUGAUGAUUCCUCUUUCCCUUUUUAUUGUCAUGUAUAUUAAAAAAGGUUAACAUGAUAAAAUUAAUAUAAGAAAACAUUUUUGUUAUUUAAUUAAUGAAUAUAAUGUAAGUAGCUAUUUUUGGGAAGACAUAAAAUUAAUUAAGAAAACAAUUAUAAUUCUAAUAUUAACAUAUUUUGAAACUUAUAUUUUGCUAAAAGCAUCACUAUUAGGAUUAUGUUUACUUUUUUAUUAGUUAAUAGCUUUUAACAAAAAACCUUAUAUUCUCUCUAAUUUCAAUAGCAAGGAUUUAUUUUCAGCAUUAAUUUGUUCUAUAUCAAUUUUUCUUGUUGCAGCUAAAUAUGUGGCAGAACAAGAAAACAAUUAGUUUUCAUCUAUAUCACUUUAGACUAUAAUUGUUCUUCUUUGUAUUAAAAUUUGUUAUUCCUUCAUCAAGAGUAUAUUAGAAGUUUAUUUUAAUAAGUACUUUAUCCUAAUUUUAAAUUAUUUAUAUAUAAUUUUGAAUAAGAUUUCAUCAAAUUCAAUAUUUACAAAAAAGUUAUAAAAUAAUUUGCAAAAAUCGACCUAAAAAAAUAAGAGAAUAAAAAUAUUGAUUAAUAAGCUUAGACAACAUUUAUUAGAGGUUUCUAAAUCUUAACUUUAAAAUCAAAGAAAAAUUUUAAGUUCUAAGAUCAAAAAAACUAAAUCCUGGGUGUCUAAAUAAGGAUACUUUUUAAAGAUAGAUACUGAAUGA